GCCGCGGAUGGUGCUCCAACCCUGCGUGCAAAGCAGCUGAGAGGAACGAAGCCCAAGUUGCAAAGCGCUUGCAACAAGAGGCCCGGCGAGAGGCUGGAGCUGGAAAACGGGGGCCACUUCCUGACGUUGAAGCCCAGGCUGCUAAGCGCUUGCGGCAAGGGGCCCGGCAAGAAGUUGGAGCCGGUGGACGGGGUCCAUGUCCCGGCGAAGGUGGUCGCCCCGCCGACGCUGAAGCCCAAGCUGCCAAGCGCUGGCGACAGGAUGCCCGGCAAGAAGCUGGGGCUGGUGAACGGGGGCCGCUUCCUGACGUUGAGGCUCAAGCUGUCAAACUUUUGCGAGAAGGGGCCCGGCGAGAAGCUGGAGCUGGCGAACGGGGACCGCUUCCUGAUGUUGAGGCUCAAGCUGUCAAACUUUUGCGAGAAGAGGCCCGGCGAGAAGCUGGAGCUGGCGAACGGGGACCGCUUCCUGAUGUUGAGGCUCAAGCUGUCAAACUUUUGCGAGAAGAGGUCCGGCGAGAAGCUGGAGCUGGCGAACGGGGACCGCUUCCUGAUGUUGAGGCUCAAGCUGUCAAACUUUUGCGAGAAGAGGCACGGCGAGAAGCUGGAGCUUGUGGUGGACGAGGCCCAUGUCCCGGCGAAGGUGGUCGACCAACCCUCGAGCCGGAUCAAGUUGGCAACCGCCAGCCUCCUUUCCUCAACGAGAAGAACCUCACCUCGGACGAUGUGCUCAAGAGGCUUGCAAGAACUAUGGGACAGCGUCGUGCGUCCAGCCCACGGCCACGACCAUUACGAGAUGCUUCUGGAGAGCAUGCAGCCAUUCAACCGCAGGACCUACCUGGAGGAGCAGCGUGCAAAGGAUGCGCCAGCAGACGACGCAGUGCAGGACGCCAAGACGAACAAGCCAAAGACGAAGAGCAAGGCAAAAGCAACAGCCAAAAGGAGGGCCAAGGCGACCGCCAAGGCGAAAGCAAAGCAGGCAGCAAGUGCCAAAGCCAAGGCCGCAGCCAGCAAGCGAGCCAUGUCCGCGGCGGCUGCAGCAGCAGAGGCUGCAGCUGCCGCAGCAGCGGCAGCAGCAGUGGGCACAUUCUUCGAACAUCAACAAGAAGCGCAAUGUGGCAUGCACGCGCUCAACAAUGCUUUGGGCAAAACAGCAUUCACCCCAGAGGACAUGGCCACAGCUGCCGAGACAUACCUCCAGGAAUGGCAAGGCAUUGAUGAAGCCGAGAGUGAACACAUCAGGCCUGGAGGGUGGUAUUCAGUCCAGAUCCUUUAUGCCGCUCUUUUCAACCGGGGCAUUGCGCUCAACCUGGACGAGCCGGUGCAAUCCGUGGACCAGGCGCACCUCGCGACAGCUCUGGUGCAGAAUUGGAACAACCAGCAUUGGGUGGCCUACCGCUGGGGGGCCGAUGGCGCCAUGUACCGGUUCGAUUCGUUGCAGCGUGGCCCUGAAAGAGUGAGUGAAGCGGACUUCGCAGCAUCCUUGGUCACACAUUGGACCUAUGCAGUUCUUCUCCCGUGUGACAUGUGA